GCUCGUGCUACCUAACCCCGGUUUGCAUGACCCCAAAGGUCCCAACAACUUUCUGCCGCCCGAUCAAUUCCGAUUCAAACAAUAUGCGGUGAACUGCCAACAAAGUGAGCCAGGAUUCCGAUUGCUUCGGACAUUCGCCAAGGAGCCUGGAACUCUAUCUUGUGCUCUCCCCCAUCAGGUAAUAACGGUCCAGUUCAAAUGUGUUCAGCCCGACCCUUGGCCUCCUUGCCGUCAAACCGGGUUGUUUCUUCUGUGAUAUAUUUACGAAGUAUACGCCACUUUGCUCAUCCCUACAAGCUCCUGACCCUACCAAGCCUACUUACUUCACCUUACCAACCUAGGUCGUCUAACCUUCGUCCACAUCGUUCGUCUAGACUAGCCAAAGUUAUAAACUUGCUUCUUUACCAUCUCUCUGUAUCAUCCCAGUAACAGCUCCAUCAAUCUUUCAUUUUUUUUCCCCCGUGAAGAACGGCAGCGGGCUGCCCCAGACCGAUACUUUCGUAUUUCACAAAAAGUUACUACUCAUCAUGGAUCACCAAGCAAAAGCUUCCCUGAGCCGCGGCCAGGCCCCCUCACUAAUCCGAAACCGCCGGGUCGUCGCCGUCGCAGCUUCGGCCGCCGCCGUUGGCAUGGUCAUCAAGCUUCGCGCCGAUGCUAUAAAGAAGAACGAGAUGGCACAGAAGAACUCGGCAGUUCCCAAUUUCUACGUCAGCGUCGAGCGGAGCGGCGGCGGCAUCUGAGACCACGUUUUUUCAGAGUAUUUUGCUACAUCUCAACCGACAAGCCGCGGCUUUGUCUGUGCACGCAAGACAGAGUUUUUUUUUUUCUUGUGGAAAAAGGAGGGACGAAACAAAACGAGUCUCGCAAGGCUACUGGUGGUUCAUGACCAACAUGUCGAACAGAGGCGUCGGUCCGUGUUGGUGUUAAGGGUCAGGUACAUGCAUAUACGGUCAGACUUGAUUUGGCGUUUGGGAGUUCCUCGUCUGGUAAUACUGGUAUUUCAGUAGGGAAUGGUAAAUAGAGUGUCCAGAAUGAUGAUUCGAG